AUUAGUUAAUUAAACUAUUAUCAUUGUUCUUCACCACUGUACACGUGUCAUUUUGACUGACUGCAAAGGCGUGAUGAGAGUUGUCGUAAGAAAGGCUGGAGAGACAAAAAACGGCGUCGUAAGUUGCUAUAAUACUAAGCUUACAAAAUGUUAUGCAUAUAGAUAUAGUGAACGUCUAUAGAGAUUGCGUUUGGCCUGUUCAGGUAAUACAGGUUCCGAGUUCGAUCGAGCAGCUUUUAGAAGUCGCCAACAUUCGUCUAGACAUACAUUCCACACGCAUAACCAACGAGCUCGGAGGACGGAUCGAAGAUCUUGAAGUUAUUCGUGAUGGCGAUGUACUCUACUUUGACGCUGAAAAGCUGCCCAUCGGAAUAGAAUCUCAACUAGCAUCAUCUAGCGCUAAACGAGAUGAGGCUUCUUUUUCCGGAAAUAGUUGCCUAGACACUACUGCCGAACGACUGUCUACAGCAAGAUCAAGCUUAGAAAGGGUUACUUCUGACGUGGCCGCAGAACUCUCUAGAGUAAUCCAACCCUACAAAAUGAAAACUUCUUCAGUGUCUGCAUUUUUUGACCCCAAGCAACCUGUUCGAAGCCGAAGUGGCGGAUACAGCAGACGCACAUCAACCUCAGCAUACCGCGGAAAAGACAAAAAGUCCGACAAGAAGCCAGCAAGCUACGUGAAGAGAGUGGUUGUUGUGCGGGCAUUCGAAUCCGGAGAGGAAACGUUUACGAAGUCAAGCGAGUCCAUCCUCAUUGACGGACAGUUUACUUUUUCUAGCCCUGACAGCGAGGACAAUAUCAAAAAUAGAGUUAUCGAUAUUAUGAAAAGUGCAGACAGCAACUUUGCAGAGCUAGAAACUUCCGAUCUGAGGUUUGAUGUCGCUAUACUGCAUGAUACAUGCACUCUGGAUACAUAUUUGCUAGCUAACUACAAUUGUGGUUGUUCUUUUAAUUAAGGUUUAUUCGCUGUGAAGGCAAGCGAAUUAGUGUCCCAGCAGUUGCUUCCAAUCAUCAAUGGGACGGGAAGAAUGUUAAAAGACUCGCAUAUCAGGGAGCAGUUCAUUUGCAACUGUGUCGUAAAAGACCUU